AAAAAUUAAUGCGAGGUUUUAGUACCUAUAUAAGACUGAUGCGAUGGACCGGUUCUUUUUCUCGCGAAAUAUAGCAAGAUGUUGCUCGUUUACACGUGGUCUGUGUUGUGUGUACUGUCGCUGCAUUUUUUGGAUUGCGAUGGACAAUUCGUCAAAUUACGUGGAAACCCGCGGUCCAGCCCGGUGCCAUUCCCGGCCUGCCGCGCCGAUAACAUCGACUGCCUUAGGCGAGGCAUUAGAACCUUCUUCGUACUCAUGGACCAAGGCCACGUGGGCAUGGAGACCGUUGACCCGUACAUAGUGAACAGCGUCGCGCUGUCGCUGCCGGAGGAUAAGAUGUCCAUUCUGCUGAGGAGGGCCAACGUCACCGAACAUAAUCUCAGUUGGAACAAUUGCAUUGACAUUUGUACAGAUGGGGCCAAGGCGAUGACAGCGCGACGUUUCCUUAACCCUAGAAAGAUAAAUCUACGCCUCAGAGGCGCCCGCGUUAAUAUGAAAAUGCUGUAUCUUCUACGCGUAUAUCGAGCUGUCCAUUUUUGUCAGCCCAGUGAUCAGUGCAUAGUAUGGCGGGAAGGUCCAUCCCGAUUUUACGCGUUGAAACCAAAUGUGGUCCUAACGAAGUACUUCACGAAUGUCCCGUUGAAUGUAAAUCCGAUUAUUGCCCUAACCCCAUUCCCGUGUAAUAGACCCAAUGAAGUGUAUAAUGAGUGCCCUCCUUUGUGCCCCACGGAUAAAUGCACUGAUGCUACAGUAACAGGCGAAUGCCCUUACUUUUGGGCCUUCUUAACUGUCAUAGAGUGUAGCCCAAAAUGCAGGUGUAAACAAAACUACUGGAGAAACAACGAUGUCUGCGUCCCUUAUGAUGAAUGUUAUGAGGUUGAAACCAACAUCACGUAUCCGUGGAGAGGGAUAAAAGGCAUUGACAAUGAAGACUAUAUCUUAAUAGGAUCAGAAAGAAUUGCUGUGAGGAACACCCGUACGCCAUCCUACUUUCUGCAACCAAAUACUGAAGACACGUUUACAAUAGACACGAUACUACAACAAAAACAAUCUGUCCUGGAUCACUUGGCUAAUGAAAUAACUACCGCAUUAAUGCAUACUGUAGUUGAUAAUUUUAGACUAUUUGCAAGUAAGGUGCCUUUCUUGACCAGCUCACAUAAUAAACCAGAAAAGACUACAUCUGGAGGCACCCCAUGA